GAGUGACCGAGACAGCUUGCGAAGAGCAAGAAGAAGAAGAAGAAAAAAGGAUCGAAAUGGAGCAAGGAAGUAUCUUCGAUCUGCAAUCCCUUCCCGAAGGUUGUGUUUCGAACAUUCUAUCCCUCACAUCUCCUUCAGAUGCGUGCAGGUCAUCGGUUGUUUCUUCGAUUUUUCGAUCGGCGGCAAAUUCUGACUCAGUGUGGGAGAAGUUCUUACCCUCCGAUAUCCACAAGAUCCUCUCCUCGUCGGUUUCUCCGUCGUCUCUGCCGAAUUUCUCGUCUAAGAAAGACCUCUUUCUCUAUCUCUGUGAUAAUCCCCUUCUCAUCGACAACGGCUCCAAGACUUUCGCAUUGGAGAAAUGGAGUGGGAAGAAGUGUUAUAUGAUUGGAGCUAAACAGCUUUUCAUUGCCUGUGUUGAUACCCCAUGGUUUUGGAAAUGGUCACCCCUCCCUGAAUCCAGGUUUUCAGAGGUGGCCAAGCUCUUGAGGGUGUGUUGGCUAGAAAUCCGUGGCAAGAUGGAGACACGACUGCUCUCUCCAAACACAAUGUACGGAGCUUACAUAGUGCUCAAGUUCACGGACAAAGCAUACGGAUUUGAGGAUCUGCUUGCAGAAGUUUCAGUCAAAUUGGCCAGUGGUGAUGGUGGCGCUGAAGAGGGAGAAGUGAAGUCUGUCUAUUUGGAUCCUAGAUCUGUCCCUUCGAAUACUGGAGCGCACAGGCAGCAGCGUGGAAUUAACAGGGGAAUAUUUCGGCUGUUUCCAUGGAGCGCGAGGUCCAGUAACGCGUUGAACCCGGAGGAAGCAGUGAGGGAUCCACGACCGGAGGGACAAGUACCCAGGGAGAGAUGGGAUGGGUGGAUGGAGAUAGAUAUGGGUGAGUUCUUUAAUGAUAGAGGUGAUGAUGGGGAGGUGGAGAUGAGUCUCUUGGAGGUCAAGCGUGGUAACUGGAAAUCUGGUCUCAUUAUACAAGGCAUUGAACUCAGGCCCAAAGAGAACCAAUGAAUCGUUAUCAGUAUGUAUGUUUGAUUUGCUCUUACUUUCCUGA